GAGCUCAAAAUCUACAGAAAAGGGAAGUUAAAAAAAAAUCAAGAGAAGAACUCAAACAGAGAGAGAUGAGGAAGUUCGAUCCAUGGCCGGUGUUCUUCAGGCGAGAGUGGAACCGCAACUGGCCGUUCCUCACCGGAUUCGCCAUCACCGGCCUCCUCAUCACCAAGUUAACCGCCGGCCUCACUGAAGAGGACGCUAAGAACUCGCGUUUUGUUCAAGAACACUACAGGAGAACAGAACGGUAGCUGCAAAUUAACUGUGAACUCUCCAUGCUUCUCAGCAGGGUUGCUCAUACCCACCUGAUGAUGAUGCCAACAAAGUUCUAAGUUCUUGCAUUUAAGUUAGACAUGGUUGAUUACCUCUGAAGAGAGAGAGAGAGAGAGAGAGAGAGAGAGAGAGAGAGAGAGAGAGAGAUUGUUAUUUAAGAAAUGUGUCCUUUCUUUCUUGAAACUGAAAUAAGGGGUUCUUGGAUGAUGGUUCCAAAAGUUGCACUUUUGGAUCUUCUGUUAUAAACCCAAAACCGCUCACUUUUUUUUUGUUUGUUUUUCUAAAAUGAACAGCUACAAGGAAAAUUUUGACAUGUUGCAUAAAAUUGAAAUUAAAAUAUAAGUGCUAGAUUGUUUGAUCCUAUGAUUUUUAUCAUAGGGGUACUGAUGUUCCAUGUCUGAAAAUUUCCUUUACUUGAA